AUGAGAGCAAGAAGGCCAAGGGUUUUUACAGUGAUUCAAGAUUUGAGAAAGAGAACAUUUGCAGUAAAUCUGCCAAAAAAUAUUGUGGAAGCCAUUGGAAAUUGCACAUUGAAAGUAGAAGAAGACUCUUCCAAAGUAGCAGACAAAAACAUAAAAAGUCAAAAAUAUCAUAGUGCUAUCCAUUCUAAUGGCUGCAAUAAUGUAAAGAAGAAUAGUGACUGUGGUUUAAGGAACAAAAACGUUACUAUCGACAUUGACAUUAACAGCAACAAUACAGAGUUUACAAGUACAAAUGCUUGCUCAAUAGAUGACAAAAUACUGGAAAACGUCAAUCUAGCACUCAUGGUUCUGCAUGAAUUCAAUUCAUACUUCAAGUCAAAGCUCAAAUCCGAUACAGUUUCUAAAAUCAAGGAUGUUGAAGAAAUCAAUGUGUAUAACCUGCCUUGUAAGUCUUUCUAUCCACGACUGUUCCUAAAUGCUCCACUAGACUUUGGAUCUUCAAAGUCUUUUAUUUACAACGUGAAAAUAAAGGGAAAAACUGGGUCUCUCAUUUUCUACUCAUCUAAUUUUAAAUAUGCAGUAAAAGUAGUUAGAGAAAGCGAACUAAAAUGUGUUUUGCAGCACAUGGAGAAUUUCUGCAAGUACUACUCGCUCUUUCCCGACACCUUUGUGUCUAAAAUUGCAGGGAUCUACUCCACUCCGAAGUUUAGCUUUGUUGUAAUGGACAAUGUUUUCAGGGGAAUCGCAGGUCAAAUUUUUGACUUAAAAGGCAAAAAUUUAAACAGAAAGUGCAUUGGUAUCGGUAUUGAGGACCAAUGGGUAGAUAAAAAAUUAGUUGUUGAGGAUAGAAAGUGUAUUACCAAUGCUAUUAGAAGGGAUGUGGAGUUUUUGAAAUCCCUGAACCUUAUGGACUACUCCCUCGUUAUAAGCAUUGGCUCAUGUUGUAAUUCGGAAUUUAUGCUUUACGAUGAAGAUGGAAGAGUGUUAGAAAGCUUAAAAGUGCAUGAUCAGGCAAAAUUAGAAGGCCAGAGGAUGAGCUUUAGUGUUGGAAUUGUCGAUGUUUUAACAGAAUAUACUAUUUCAAAAAGAAUUGAGAGCAUUUUGCAGAUAUUCUGCUGUAUAGGCAGCAAAUCAUCGAAAAAUCCAGAAGAGUAUGCUAGACGAUUUUUAGAUUUUAUUGAAAACGAGUGUUUUGAAGAGAAGUCGAAUUAA